CUGACUUCUGAGUUGUUGCGCCGUGUAGUCUGGUAGAAAUUUCAUCGCCCUGAUGACGGAGGGAGUAAGGGACUCUGAAACACGGAGCAGCUACCCAGAAGACAGCCAUCUUCAGACUCACCUCCGUGAAAACCUCAAGUCCUACCGAAGUAGCUGCUGUCAUCCAACCGGAUGGAGGUCCCUCGGCCGUCAAACGAUGCCACUGGGCCAAAUGGUUGUAAUCUGGAGGGCAGUGCCUUGUGUUGAUCUCCACGUGGUGUGGAUGCCAGGUACCCAAGUUCAAAACCAAGUGAUAUCACAGAAACAGUGCCGUUGGCGGAACAGCAAGACAGACAGUCAUCACAGCAUCAUUUACAGUCUCAACAAAAAACUAUGAAUGACAGACCACCCGAUGGCAUUAACAGACUGAAUAUGCAGCCACAGCUGGUCCCGAUGAUGCCUGUACCACCAUUACAGCACUUUGAUACUAUUCAGUACCAGAACCUUGAAAGACUGAAAAGCUUAUUUCCUGAACUCAUUCCUGCCUUUUUAAGAAAAGUCUUAGAGUUGUGUCAAGGCGACUUUAUUAGGGCAGUGGACAACCUCCUGUACAUUCAGAGAAGUCAACAGAAUCGUAUAAUUCCAACUCCACAGCCUCUGCCCUUUAAUAUGUUACUGACCCAAGUUUUAGGGGUCUCUAGUGACCCGUCUGUUGCAUCUGGCUACUAUGGCAACACGUGGCAAGGUCCCUUGCCAAACACUCAGUUGUCAACUAAACUAAAUCCAAGGGUUCUCUUACCAAAUAUUAACAUUUUACAACAACCUCAGCAAGUCUUUCGAGCGCCAGUACCAGUACCUUCAUUUGAAUAUUUGAAUGCGAGACCAUAUCAUCCACAGUUCCUGCCUUAUAUACCGGUUGUCCCCCAAUUGGAACCACAAUUUCACUUUGUGAACAGCCAUCAAGAACCUAACCAUCAGCAACUGUUGGGGACUUACCAAAACCUAGAAGUAUCAAAAGUGUUAUUGAACUCACCAGAAUGGAACAGAACUCGCGGUAACAGUGUUGCCAAUCUAUCUGCACCUCCGUUAAUUGAAAACCGUAACUUACGAGAAGAUAAAGAGAAUUUGCCAAAAAAUGUCAUAAACAUGGGGAAUGACGUUACAAAGAAUCAGUGCAUGGAGAAUCUGAAACUUGUUCGGACAGAUGAGAUAUCAGAAAAACAGAAAUCUGUACACUCUUCUGCACCCCAAAAACGACCUCACUUCAGGAUCCAAGAUGAAGAUAAUAAUAUUUUGACAAAUGAGAAGAAGAAGAAGAAGAAAAUUAAGGUUUCUCAGUAUUUACCAUUGACUUUGUCAGACGCGUCACACAGAAGAUGUCCGCAAGUGAGUGUUGGUGUUGGACCGACACCAGGAUUAUUACAGUCAGCCACGACAUGUCCUCCUGACCACAUUAUACCAGACAAAAAUACUCCACAGUCCUGUAACAUAAAGAAACAACUUCCUAGGCAAAGAAAUGUCAUUGAUGAGGUAGAAGAUAAAGCUUCAACCUCUGUAGUGCAGGACCAGAGUCGUGAAACUGACGGUGUUCAUUUUGCUGAAACUGGAGCUUCCGUGGAACAGAGGUACAUAUAAAGAGAUCCCUAAUUGAGUCGAAUUAUAUUUACAGCUCAGAAAUUCAAACAGAUGUUUUAGAUUUGACUCUGGUGUUGAAGUUUGUAAUUUGUGACUUAACAUAAAAAUUUUCCACAUGGUUUGUGUAUUCCUUAUGGAAGUGUUUUGUUACAUGAAUAUUGUUCUUCAUUUUGUGAUAUAUAUUUAUGUAUUUAUGUUGCAUUUUAGGUGAUUUUCACUGUAUUGAUUAAUAUUUGUUUGUGUUAUUCGCAUGAGGCACAGUCAUUACAUGAUUCUGACCCUGCUGUUUCUGCUAGAACAAUCUGUAACCUGGACAUGUUUCCAGUGGACAGUGCCUCACUGUAAUUGCAAAGACGGGUCAAUAUUGAUACAUGACGACUACAUGUGUUUCCAGUAAAAACAUAUUUAUUUUCUUUGAUUGUUUUAAAAUAUAGAUUCAGCUUCUGAGGCUGUUUAGCAUUAAAUUUUAUAAUUUGUAGAUUGUUCUGAAUAAUAAAUUUAUCAGAAAGUGUUGAUUAUCUUUUUAAGGAACUACAGUAAUUUGUUCUUAUUCAUAUUACACCAUCGUAGUGUAAAAUUCAAUAAAAAGAACAGUAACAAUGUUAAA